AUGGCAAGGACUAAAACAACCAAGAGGAAACAGCGACCGACUCCACGACAGCCACCACCACCGCCCCAGCCAGAUGAAAAUGAAGAAGAAGAAAAUGUUGAAGUCGAAGAAGAAGGAGCUGCUAAAGAAGCUGCUGAAGUCGAAUCAGGUGGAAGUGCAGAAGAAGAUGCUGAAGCUGAAGUAGAAGGAGCUGAACAAGGAGCAACUCGAGGUCAAAGCAAGGCGAGGGCUAAGCUCACCGUGAAGAGACCACGACAAAAUCCAUCGCCGUCACCACCGCCACAGCUAGAGGAGGAUGAGGAAGAAGAAGAUGCUGAACUCGCAGCUCAAGUUCGUGCACAGGCCCGCGUUCCACAGGCCCACGUUCUAGGACAAAGCAAGCCGUGGUACAGAUUUCGGUGCCACACCAAAUCUCUGCUAGAUGUUAUAAAAUACUGGAAGGAAGAGCCAAGGUACUACGAAGCAUGCAAGAAGGAGUUGGAGAAGGCAGGAUUUGGAGGGCUAUUGGAGCUUCCGGAUUUGGAGGGCUAUUGGAGCUUCGUCUGGCAAAUGUUCCUAAGAAGUUGUUCGAUUCCUUGA